UUUGCCCCAAAACAAGGUGCUGUGGACGAAAUACCAUACUUUAUGACCACUCCUCGUCCCUUGACAAUUAUAUUUCUUUCAAAUUUCAAUUCCUAAUCUCUCUGAAACUUUCCUUGUUCAUAUACAAUCCGAAAACAAAAAUAAUUAUACACACACACUCCCUUAGUUUUAUUUAUUCAGCAAAACAAAAAAUUAUAAAAAUUAAGGUUUUAUUAUUCCUUUGGAACCUUAGAUGGAAUUGUAGCCCCGUUUCGUUUUUGUUUUCUUCAGCGAUCUCGUUGUGCCGGGUUUUGUGAUUUGAGAGAUUGCUUUGUGUUCGAGAACUUUUGGUGAUUGAGAAGAAACGGAAAAGUCGAAUUUUGUAGGACCGAUCAAAAGACUCAGGACUGCACAAAGUGGAUCCUACGUGAUGCUAAUAUACCUUAAAGGGAAGGUGGCUCAUUGUUGCUUCACUACCAUUGUUCAUUGUGUUCGGAACGCUGAGUGUUGUUCUCAUCAAUUGUGGAGAAGUGGCUUUAGACUGUUUUUAAUAUCUGAGUGCAGUGAAGGAAGAAUUUAGCGAGCAGCUGCACAGAUUUCGGAAGGUGUUAAUAUUUAUAUGAGCGAAAAUGUGGUUGAGGUUUAAGCAAGUGCUGUUAUUUUCACUGUUGUUCCUAGUGUUCUUUGGUUAUGCUACAACAAAGUCUGAAUAUGAAUUUUCACAAAAGUCGAUAAAAGCUCCUCACAAGAAUGUUAGAAGCAAUGUAAUUGAUGGCUCAGGGGCAGAGACCUCUUUCAGUUUUGAGGACACCAAUGGUGGAGUGGGCGAAAAGAAGAGUGGAAAUAGUAAAGUUUCAGUAUCAACUGUUGCAUUAUUUACAUUAGCUAUGGCAGCUGCCACUGGUUUAGGUGCGGUCCCAUUCUUCUUUGUGGAGCUUCAUCCACAAUGGGCUGGAUUAUGCAAUGGAAUGGCUGCUGGCGUGAUGCUGGCUGCGAGCUUUGACCUUGUACAAGAAGGGCAAGAGCAUGGUGCUGGAAAUUGGGUCAUGGUAGGGAUUAUAGCUGGUGGCGUUUUUAUUUGGCUUUGUAAGAAGUCUCUUGAACGAUAUGGUGAGGUAAGUAUGUUGGACAUAAAAGGUGCAGAUGCAGCUAAGGUGGUUCUUGUUAUUGGGAUAAUGACUCUUCAUUCAUUUGGAGAGGGCUCUGGCGUUGGGGUUUCUUUUGCUGGUUCCAAGGGUUUUUCUCAAGGUCUUUUAGUAACUCUGGCUAUUGCUGUGCACAACAUACCCGAAGGAUUAGCUGUGAGUAUGGUGCUUGCAUCCAGGGGUGUGUCUCCUCAGAAUGCCAUGUUAUGGAGUGUAAUUACAUCCUUGCCACAGCCAAUUGUAGCAGUCCCUGCAUUCAUGUGUGCUGAUGCAUUCAACAAGUUUCUGCCUUUCUGUACUGGAUUUGCUGCUGGAUGUAUGAUUUGGAUGGUUGUUGCAGAGGUACUUCCUGACGCAUUCAAGGAAGCUUCUCCAUCACAAGUUGCAUCGGCAGCUACUCUUUCUGUGGCAUUUAUGGAAGCUCUUAGCACUUUGUUUCAGAAUUUCAGCCAUGACUACAACUCAGAGGAUGCUUCGGGCUUCUUUGUUUCACUACUCUUUGGUCUUGGGCCGUUGCUUGGUGGAAUUGUUCUUGUUGCAUUUGCAUUGGCUUUCCAACUUCAGCAUGCUGUACUCAUGGGUGCAGCCUCUGGCAUUGCCUUUGUCCUUGGCGCAUGGCGACCACUACAGUUACUUUUUUCUUCAAAGAUGGGAGUUAUCCCCCUUUCAUUUUUGCUUGCAGCGGGUGCUAUUUUUAUCCGUACUUUAAGCUCUAACAUUUUGAGGCUUGCUGGUUGCAAGAAGACUUCAGCAAAUGACUUACCAACCUUGAGUGGUUUCCCGGUGAGCAUUCACACUCUACAAUCAUUCUUAUCCUGUGGAGCAGUUGCCUUCCAUGCGUUGGCUGAAGGGCUCGCGCUAGGAGUGGCUGCACCAAAAGCUUAUGGACUUGGACGACAUAUGGUCCUUCCUGUCUCCUUACAUGGGCUCCCCCGAGGUGCAGCUGUUGCAAGCUGCAUCUUUGGUGCCACUGACAGCUGGCAAGCUUCCCUUGCGGCUGCCGCUCUAAUUGGAUUCAUGGGGCCGGUAUCUGCAAUUGGAGCCAUACUUGCAGGAAUUGACUAUAGUGGUCUAGACCAUGUGAUGGUUUUUGCUUGUGGGGGAUUACUACCAAGCUUCGGAAGAAUAAUUAAGAGAGCAACGAGGUUAGAUUCAAGGAAAUGCAUUUAUGGCCUCAUUAUGGGAGUGGGGUUCGCUACCUUGUGUUUGACUUGCACCAAGUUGGUUUGCUUGCAUACACCUUAUUGUAAUUCUGCACCAGAGGCUGUCAGGUAAGAUGAUUAUUCUGCGGCUUGUGUAAUAUGAUUCCAAGGCAUGCUUGCAAAGGUUGAUUGGUAGGUUUGGAAUAGCUAUUAUUCAGAGAACAAGUUUUGCACUCGUAGUAGGACAAGCAUGCUCAUGAAAAGUUACAGGGGUGCUCUAAUGAGAGAACGGUUGUAUGAAGGAGAGUUCCUUAAGAAGUACCUUCCUAUAAAUUGAGAGCUGAGCUUCCUGCCUAGCACUCAUUUAACAUAGCUUUGUCAGUUGCAUAAAGGAUGAGAGCAUGUGGCCUUCUCUUUUAACGUGUUAUUUUUCGGCAACUUCGGUAUGGAUACCUUUUUGGAUUGAAAAUGAUAUAAAUCAACUCAUGGAAUCCCAUUUGAGUUGAAUAGGGGAUUGAAUUUAUCAAUAGAAUAGUAAGGUCCUUAUACAUCUUUUGAUCUUCGAAACUUUUUUUUUUUUUAAAUGAUUAGAGUCGAUGUCGUGUGUGUGAUUUUUCCUGGGGGAUAUGAUAGAAGCCUUUCGGAUUUGGCCUGCAAGAGAACAUUUUCCCUUGAUACUAAUAAUAUGGCAGAAAUGUUUCAUUUGAUGCCUGCGUUUUGCUUUCA